AUGGAGUCGAGCGAUUGCCAUGCGGCGGCUGCCUCGAAGGCUCCAAUUGCCAAACUGUACUCUUCAAUCUUUGGGCAAGAUCUCUCUUGUCCGAAAAUGGGGCUUUCUUUGAAUCCCUCAUCUUAUGCUCUGGAAACAUCCAUUAAUCCCGAACUUGUUUCGAAGUUUGACAGUACCUUUAAUAUGCCGCCUCCAUCUUCUGAGUCGGCUAAAUCCACUAUCUCUGAAGCUACAGACAUUUCGCUCAAAUUUAAAGAUUGUUAUGGAAAUAAAUCUUGCGAGCAUGAAUGGAAUACCACGAGGUACAGGAAUUUACAUCCGCCUCGACUAGCUUUCCAUUCUAAAUAUAUUGCGCAUCCAACGACCAGUGAAGAUCUUGAACGUCAAUGCCCAUAUUUUUCGAAUUUUAGCCAUUCUAUGGAUGAGAAGCAAAGUGUCACAGAUGAACUUGAUCUUGAUCUUGAUCUUGAGUUUGAGUUUGAGUUUCUAUCACUUGAAUGUGCGAAAAGUCGUAGAUUUGUUGGGGAUAUCUCAGGCAUCAAAUUUCCACACUUCCACUCGGCAUAUAAAGAUUGGGUUGACAUUUAUUUUGCGUCCAUCGAGCCCCUUUUGAGUGAAUCUGAUUACAAGUGGAUGCAAAAUUCCUCUUCGCUGCCCCAAAAGCUUUGGAUCCAUAAGGAAUGCUUUUCUGGCGGCGGCCUCGGCUAUUCAUCUAUGGCCAUGGAAACCCUGGGUACAACUACUUAUGACGACCCAAUAUGCGGUUCUGAAAAAUUGCGCUUAUUUUGCAGCUUUUAUAAUGAUGGCAAUGAAGGAGACGCUUUGGCAAUCAUGUUUUCCAACCCCAUCGGUCGUACAUUUGCGGAUCUGCUUGAUGAAAACAUAGGUGCCGCACCUACAAAUGCUCUUGAGCCUCCCAUUCUUUCCUUGGCAGCUCUUUUAUACAAUCAUAACUACAACCAUGAAUGUUUCCAAUCAAUUUCCUUCUACAUCUCAUCAGCACUUCCUUCGUUGGUUCUUGAUGGUUCUGAACAUGCUAUCCAGUCACUUAUUAUCCAGAUCAUUAAAGCAGUUCAGCAUCCUAUGGAUGCUCAAGUAUUUUGUAAUGUACAAAAAUGCCUCUCAUUACUAUUGCUAAUGAUUGGAAAACCUCUCCUAGCCUUAGAUUGCCUCAUAUCUGGAAGAAACGCAUCCCAAAAUGUGGAUCCUAUCUUAACUUCACGAAUAUGUGCGCUUAUUAGGAUGAUACUACUAAGCACUGAUGGAACAAAUCCUCUUUUUAGAGAUUUGUCCAAGAGCGACUUUGCCUCUAUAAUGGCGAUUUGGAAUUCAAUUCGAGCGCACAUUAAAUCAGAUCUGGCAUCUGAACAUUGCAAAUCAUUUGCGCUGGCGAACGUUAAUUUCGAACUUUUAUUAGAAACUGAACAAGCUUUGAAAGGCCGCUGUAUUGGUUAA